AUCUUAAAAGGCCUAAAACAUAUAUCUACCAUCGAAAAACUUGGUCAGUCCAGCUUUAAUGCGAAUGAGCAAAGACACGUAUUCAAAUACUGUAUAUGUACAUAAGUAUUUUACACAUCUUAGAUUUGCAAAAUUUUAAACCAAAUACUAAAUCAAGAAAUGGCAGUAACAAUAAAUAACGGUUUCAAACAUUAUGGAAAAUCUGAAAUAGUUCUUGGCGGCGUUGAUAUGAGUGUAGGCACUGGAGAAAUAAAAACAACCCUGCUAAAGUGCAUUGUUGGAUUGCUCGAGCUUGAUUGUGGCAACGUCACGGUGUUUCAAAAAUCGAAUCCUGGUAAUCUUGGGCGUCUUUGUGGGUACAUGCCUCAGGAGGUCGCUCUGUUGGGCACACUAACGAUCGCAGAAACGCUGAAAUAUUUUGGAAUGCUCUACACCAUGAGUUCGGUCGAGAUAAAGGAAAGAAUCGAAUUUCUUUCUAAAUUUCUAGAUUUGCCGAAAAUCAAUAAACUAGUUCAAGAACUAAGUGGUGGGCAAAAGAGGAGGGUGUCCUUGGCCGCGGCGAUGAUACACAACCCGAAACUGCUCGUGCUCGACGGUAAUAAUUUGAGCUUAUAAUUGUACAUAGAUGAUGCAACUUACUAAUGACCCCAAUUUAGAGCCUAGCGUCGGGUUGGAUCCUCUUUUAAGACAGAGGAUUUGGAAAUACUUGCAUAAAAUUAGUCGUGAUAAUGGGACCAGCAUAAUAGUCUCUACACAUUACGUCGAGGAGACCAGAUUUUGCGACAAGGUCAGUUGAUUUGAAGAUGCAAGCAAGCAAGAUGGUUAUUACUCCGAAGUUUGGGGGUCGCCUUCUUGCUGAAGACAGUCCGACAGCUCUACUCUUGACACACGAGGCUCCAACAAUUGAGAAACUGGUUUUAAAAUUGUGUGAACACGACCAAAAAGUAUCGAAUUUUACGAGAAACUUGCCGAGAUUUAAAUAUCUCAAGGAAGACGACAUGCUGGAAGCUAUCGCCUUACCGAUGCCACACAAUCAGGACAUAUCAACAGAACCCACUUUUUCUAAUGUCACUUUGGACAAUGCAUCAAUAAUCUGGGCAUUAAUGUGUAAAUGGUUCCACCGAAAUCGCAGGGAUUUAAGGUUGCAUCUGCUUCAAAUCUGUCUUCCAAUCCUAGCCGUGGUCGUAAUGCAAAACGUGUUUGGUCCACAACCAAAACACAUGAAAUUAAGCUUGGUACACAAUUCAAACUUGAAUUUCACCGACAACCUACAAAAAUACUGCGGUGCAAAAAGUUUGUUGCAAGAAUGUCUCUCGAACCUGGGGAUUUGCAAUUUCGUUGAUAAAUUUGAUGAAGAUCAAUUCAUUUGGGUUCCUGCAAAUUCUUACGAAGAGGGGCUCGCACAAAUUAAACAGGGCAAAACCACAGGGCUCGUCGAAUUUCCUAAAAAUUAUGUAACACACUUAAAAAACCGAAUGGCUCUUCGAAAUUUUGCGGAUAAUGAAACCAUUCUUGGGUCCACGAUAUCGAUUCGAUUAGAUGAAACUGAACGGAUGUUGGUUUUUUGGAUGAGAAAUACCAUUUUGGAGAAAUACACGAUUUACGUUGGAAAUAUAUUGUCAGCUUGUUCCCUUCCAAGCGAUGUUAGCCGACCGCCACUUCGUGGUAGUUUUUUUGUGGCACUGCCAAUCACAAUCAUUCAAGUGGAGGACAAAAUUAGUGGACUUGUAGAUCGAGACAAUGUGGCCGGAGUGCGCUUUUGGCAUUACCAUAUUGCUACAUUUUUUACCCAAAGUUUAAUGAUUUUCAUUCAAAUUGGAGCACUUUUGGGAAUAAUGUAUUACUUGUACGACAUAGUGAUUAAUGGUUCCUGGGUCGUAGUGGUGGCGUUGAUGUACAUGACGUCCUUUGCGGGACUGUAUGUGGGAUUUCUCGUGAGCGCACUGUGGGAUGGACUUUUGGAAAAUAUAUUAGGACUUCUGUGCUUUUUCGUAUUUAUGGCUUUUACGACAGGAAUUUACUGGCCUCUGGAAUUGAUGCCGUGGACAUUUCGUCAAAUAGCCAAUUUAUUACCGAUGACACUGAUGAUUGACGCUAUGAGAUCAAUUUGCUCGAGAGGAUGGGGAAUUUCAAAUACAGUUGUUGCCUUAGGAUUUAUAUCGGCGGGGGGUUGGAUUUCUGUUUCAUUGCUCAUAACAAUAAUUGCGGGAAGGUGGAGACAUAAAUGAAAUAGAAAGCUAUUUUUGGGCAAUUGCGCACACAUAAUUAGCCCAAGCUCAUUGUGAUUAUUGUGAUAACAUAAAGAAUAAAGACGCUUACUUGUUAAACGUUUAAAAAACAAAACAGAUUGAAUUAAUAGGCUAUUACAUACAUAAAUAUCUGCAAUAUGAAAACCGUCGAACACUACAUAUUAUACAUUACAUUUGUAUGCACUCUUUAUUUGUCAAUUAAAGAAUUGCCUCAGUUUGUGAA